GCCACUGUCUCAAUUCCUCUGGUCCCCAACUUUUGGAUGGAUACCAAAUUGGGCAUAUUUUGGUAGAGAAAGUAUUAUUCACAAUUUCUUCUUAUUCACAUUCAUUAAUGGGUUGAACUUUUGCCUUAUAAUCCCUCUCCUACACUCCCCUUGAAACUGGCAUUUACUCGAAGAGUCACACAUAUCAUGCCAGCAACAGAAAGGAAACCAUUCAUGGACACACAAAGUGAGACUAGGAAGUUGGGGCAGGACAUCUUCAAGGGAAGGCAUCGAGCGCGAGCUCAGGUCAAACUUAAUUCGACUGUCUCUAGCAGCAGCAUUAGCAACAAAACUACCAUUGAGACUUGGAACUUGGAAGGUUUCAUAUUGAAAAUUAUGCAUCUCAAGCUUAGCACAUUUCCUGGUCCAUGGUGUGUGACAAAGAAACAGUUCCGACAGAAGCCGAGACUCAACCUCAUUUGGUGUUUCACCCAACUCAUCUAAAUCUUUUUAUGAAUGUAAAUUAUUCAUCUUCCUCCUGAACAACAGCAGGAGUGAAUUAUACAGCAGAAUUUCUUGUAUGCGUAAAUAAUGUGAUGUCUUUCUUUACAAAAGUAUAGAUGGUAAAUGGGCUGAUUUAUGUACACAAAAACAAUUGGAUAAAAAAUAUUCUUAUAAACCAAGUUGGGUUGGUCUAGUGGUUAGCUCACUAGUCCGCUUAAGCAAGUGUUGGGGGUUCGAAUCUCGCCUUGUGCAUGCAGCAACCCAUUGGCCAACGGCAAACCCUUAAAUGGAGCUCAGUACUGCGACGGAUUAGUCAUUGACCUG